UUUGAUUAACAACAUCCUCAAAGAUUAACGAGACUUUCUCAGUCGGUAGUGAAGAACCCGAAGUCUCGUAACAACAUCUUCUGCAUUAAAGGGAUCUCUCAGUCGGAAGUGAAGUACUAUAAAUGCUGAACUGAGCGCAACACUGCAAUUCUCUGUUGUUAAUCGUGAAAUGCGGAGGCUGUUUGAUUUGUAGAACAACAUAAAACCUAUUAGUUAUUUAUGGUUUCAAUCCUCAAAUUCCGUAGAAUCUUCUACACAAUAGAAGCCACACGCAAAGAAUCAUAUGGUGCUUUGAGACACUGUCAUUCUGAGAAGCUAUGUAGAGUAGGGCUUUUCUGGGAUUUGGAUAACAAACCACCCAAUUCAAUUCCACCCUAUGAAGUUGCCAAUAAGCUCAGAGUAGCUGCAGCUUCCUUCGGGGUUGUUCGCCAUAUGGUGGCUUAUGCGAAUAGCCACACUUUCAGCCAUGUCCCUCAUGUUGUUCGGGAGAGUCGGAAAGAGAGGCAAUUGUUGUAUAGUUUGGAGAAUAAGGGUGUGAUCAAACGUAAUGAGCCUCAUCUUUGUCGUGUUUGCGGGAGAAAGUUUUAUACUAAUGAAAAACUUGUUAACCAUUUCAAGCAGCUGCAUGAGCGUGAGCACGCGAAAAGGGUGAAUCAGAUAGAGUCUGCUAGAGGGAGUAGGAAAGUGAAAUUGGUGGGAAAGUAUUCUAUGAAAAUGGACAAGUAUAAGAAGGCUGCAAGGGCUGUUCUGACUCCUAAAGUUGGGUAUCGUUUGGCUGAUGAGCUGAAACGGGCAGGGUUUUGGGUUCAAACCGUGUUGGAUAGGCCGCAAGCUACAGAUGUUGCGCUGCAAAAGCAUAUGGUGGAUAUGAUGGAUCACAGGCGGGUUGAGUGCGUGGUCCUUGUAUCAGAUGAUUCUGAUUUUGUUGAUGUGAUAAAGGAAGCAAAGUUGCGAUGUCUCAAGACUGUUGUUAUUGGGGAUAUUAGUAGUAACGGAGUCUUGAAAAGGACUGCCGAUACUGCAUUUUCCUGGGAGGAAAUUUUGAUGGGGAAGGCUAAGAAGGAGGCUGUAUCGGUUAUGGAAAAUUGGAAAGAUUGUGAUAUAUUGAAAAGGUUGGAGUGGACGUACAAUCCAGAUGUGGAUAAAAAGAAACUCAACAUGGAUGAUGCAGAUGCUGAAGCAUCUGGAGAUGAUGAUAUUGAAGAUAUCUAUGAUGAAAUUGAUAAUGACUACAAUGAUGACAAAGGUUCUUGGUGGAAAUUAGACUCCGAUGAUAAUGAUGUUACAAAUUGAUAAUCACUGAAAGCUAUCCAUCUUACAUGUGAAGCUCGUCAAGAAAGCUACUGAUAUUGUAGAUUUUAAGUAGAUCAAUGCCAACCUAAUGCAAUUCUUGAUAGUUAUAUAUUAUGUUUGGUUUGCUGCUUUCCAAAUACAUAUUUCAGUUUUUCAAUCAUGAUUUUACAAUUUAAAUUUGUUUGUGUAAACUCUUGUCUGGUGUUCAACACGAGUCUGUGUCAGUGUCAGAAACCGACACAUGUGGUUACUUUCAUUUUUCAAAUUAUUAUUAAUGUCCCAA